GGGGAGCUCUUGCACAAAUGAGGAGUGAACAGCAAGGUCUAAUGAAAAGCAGGAGCGUGGCUGGCUGCAUCGUCUUUAGCCUCAUUUCACUUCCCUUUUUUUCCAGACAAAGCAAGACAUUAAUCAAAGAAGCGUGCAGUUUGACCCUUUGACCUAGCUGACUGCCAAUCUCGAAUCACCCCGAGCUUAAAAAAGGAUUCGGGCAAUUCUGCCAUUGGGCGAACAAAAUGUAGCCCAAAAUAUGACAAGUUGGAAGCUGAUAUGCUUUCUCUUCUCUUUUGACUUAAUGUUUUUCUUUCCACUUGGACUUGAAAGAGUUGAGGUGAAAAGCUCGAGUUGUUGUUUUCCCGUCGUGACUCGUCAGAGGGCGCCGCUGCCUCCACGCCCAUGGAGCGCGUGCACGCGAUCGUAUUUAAAGGCUCCGGUCAGCCGCUCUUGUUCAAUUUCUUCAUCCUCAUCCAGGAUUUCGGAUUUGCUUGGAUUCCAACCUAGGCGGCGGCGGCGUCGGUGCGCUCAUGUCUGCGCUCCUUUUCAGCGGUGUACUCUUCCUGGUGUCAUGGCGGUCCUGCGAAAGCUCGGCAGCGCGUGCGCUUACCUGCGGCACCCGUGCCGCCGACCUAGACCCGACGGCGAUGGUGGGCGGCAUCCCGCUGCGGUGCCCGCCCCACUGUGCGCAACGCAGACUCUCUGUCUUCGGCACCACCGUGUACGCCGCCGUCUCAUCCAUUUGCGGCGCUGCGCUGCACAGCAGCGCUGUGGGACACACCGGUGGCGAGGUUCUGCUCAGCCGUCUGCCAGGACAGCAGCACUAUGUGGGCACCCUGGCCAAUGGUGUCCAGUCGCAGGCCCUGUCGCGCUGGAGCGCCUCCUUUACCCUCCAAGGGCUCCAGGACCAAAGACCGCAGGAGCUAAUCCGGGACUCGGGCACCAAUUCCAGGCCAGCCAAGAAAGCCGCCAAGAAGAUGUCUGUGAAAAAAGUUGGAAAUAAAGACUGUCAGAUGGACAUUGGGCUGGUGAUUGACAGCAGCUCCAAUUUGGGGCAGCGGCGCUUCAACCUCCAAAAGAACUUUGUCGCCAAGCUGGUGGCCAUGUUGAAAGUUGGAGUCGACGGACCCCAUGUGGGCCUCGUUCAGGCCAGUGACCUUCCUAGGACAGAAUUCCUGCUCAGCAACUACACACAACCCAAAGAGCUUCAGUUUGCCAUCAAGGCGCUUGCACACCUGGGAGGGAACACCAACACAGCCGCGUGUUUGUGUGGCACUCCCGCAGGCAAGGCCAUCACGCACACGGCAGAGAUGCUGUUCACGCAGCGGAGCGGCGCCAGACGCGGUCGCCCUCGCGUCAUGCUUGUGCUGAUCGACGGCUGGCCGUCAGACGAGCUGCAGCCGGCAGCGACGGCAGCCCGCCACGCGGGCAUCAAUGUCUUCCUGGCCACCGUCACCCAGCCCACGGCCGACGAGCUUCCCACCGUGCCUGAUCGCGACUUUGCCAAGAAGGCGGUGUGCAAAGACAACGGCUUCUUCAGCUACCAGAUGUCCAGCUGGUUUGGUACCACCAAACACGUCAAACCUCUGGCGCAGAGACUCUGUUCGCCGGACGGCCUUCUGUGCAGUAUGCGAUUUGAUGGUCGUACGUGUUAUAAUUCGGUCAACGUGGGCUUCUUGAUCGACGGCUCCUCCAGCGUGGGUGAUCCCAACUUCCGCACGCUCCUGGACUUUUUGGCGGCCAUCGCCACCAAGUUUGACAUCUCCGAUAUGGGUGCUCGCGUGGGCGCCGUUCAGUUCACGUAUGACCAGCGUCUGGAGUUUGGCCUUAGAGAGCACGACAGCAAAGAUGGCGUCCUGGGUGCCCUGAGGGCCAUCCCCUACAUGAGCGGCGGCACGGCCACCGGGAGCGCCAUCACCUUCGCCGCGCAAAACCUCUUCAGGCCGACGGCAGUCGGACGUAACUUCCUGAUUGUGGUGACUGACGGCCAAUCGUAUGACAGCGUAGACGGGCCCGCACUGGCGGCGCAGAAUCAAGGCAUCAGCAUGUUUUCAGUGGGCGUGGCCUGGGCGCCCAUGGACGACCUGCGCGCGAUGGCGUCGGAGCCCAAAGACGAGCACGUCUUUUUCAGCCAACACUUCGAUGGCCUGGAGGAGCUCGUCGACAAUGUCGUCCGUGUAAUUUGUCACGACUUUGACGUCAACAAUUGAAACAUAUAAUACGGACGCUAUAACGUCAUCGCCAAGUCACCACGCGUAGUUAAGUGAACUCUCCUGAUUGCCAUGUAGAACUUUUCUUAGGCGCUUAUUCAUAUUCUUAACUGCAACAAAGUGUACACGUAAGUGCUUCCAGUCAAAUGCUCUCUCGGGUUCCAAUGAUUUUCGCUUUGUAAAGCGACAUUUUCGAAACCAUCAUGAGCCCUCUCUGCAUUGAAAUUGGUCGUGCGCGCAUCUUGAGGCUACUAACAGCAGAAGUUGAGUCUAAUUUGUUUCGUGUAGUCUUUUAAAGGCAUUGAGUUUUGUAAUAUUUAUUCCAUCCAUCCAUUUUCUAUACUGCUUUUUCCCACGGGUGUCGCAGGCGUGCUGGAGGCUAUCCCAGGCAGUAGGCGGGGGACACCCUGAACCGGUUCCCAGCCAAUGGCAGGGCACAGAGAGACGAACAACCAUCCGCACUUGCACUCACACCUAGGGGCAAUUUGGACUGCUCAAUUGGCCUACCAAGUAUGUUUUGGGGAUGUGGGAAGAAACCGCAGUGCCCGGAGAAAACACAUGCGG